ACUAUCAGAAACGUUUUUUAAAACUUAUUCUCUUCGUUUCCUGCAGAAGAACGUCCUGCAGGGCGAGCAGAGGGAUCACGUGUGGAGCAGAGAAGGUUUCUACGCCGUCGUCUUCUUCUUCACCGUCUUCGUCAUCGUCAUCACCUGCUUGAUGGUUUUGUUCCGACUCAAGGAGAAAGUUCAGGUUUCUGACAGACAGCUGAAAGCCCCGCCCCCUGUUGUCCACCUGAACCCGACUGUCCAAUUAGAUUCUGCCCAGAAGUCAAAGGGCACCAAGGUUGUGACGUCAGGAAGCAUGGUCCAGGCUGAGCUCCCUCCAGCUGUAGCCACGCCCAUUCCCCAGCAGCAGCCAAUCGUAGCCUGCCGCCGCCUCGCUCCUCCUGUCGUCCCUCUGCCCAGCUCCGCUCCUGCCCCCGUCGUCAGCAGCAACGACCACGCCCCCCCGAUCACCGUUGCCCCGGUGACAGCCAAUAACGAGCUUAAGCCCUGCCCCUCGCCCUUCAGGAUGAAACCUGCCGCCGGACUGCAGGAAAGACGUGGCUCCAAUGUCUCUCUGGUGUUGGACAUGUCGGCUCUCGGCUCUGUGGAGCCCCUCAACGUUACCGUGGUAACCCCCAGAGAGGCCGCGGCCAGGGAGUACCUGUUGUCGGCCGGCCGGCCUCUGACGCGACAGCAGCUCCGCGACGUCGUCAACAACACGCACAAGCUGCAUGCCGAGUUCGCC